GUCCCCGGGAACCACAUGCAGGCAGAUACUACCACUCCCAGCAUGCAAUGCUUCGAGGAAGAGGCUCACCCAUCCCAGCACCCAUUGUUUCCUGGACGCCGUCCGCACGCCUGCAUGACGUCACUUAAUAUGCAACUCUGCCCCUCAAGUUCCUGAAAUUUAAAAAGAGUCCCAUGCUGCCCCGCGCGGCUUUCCGUUGAUUGGCUGCGGAGUUGCUGGCGCGAGGUUCAAAGUUGUCGGGAGAAAGGGGCGCCCCUGGCUAGGCGCGUAGCGACAUUGAGCGAGCUGGGCAGUAGGCUCCCCGCGCCGCUUCACCAUGGCGGCCGUGAGCUCCCAGGGCGGCGCUAAGAAAGAGGAGAAAGGAAAGAACAUCCAGGUGGUUGUGAGAUGCAGGCCUUUUAAUGCGUCAGAGCGCAAAGCAAACUCGCAUGCUAUUGUAGAUUGUGACCAUGCAAGAAAGGAAGUUAGCAUUCGUACUGGAGGAGUGACUGAUAAGACCGCAAGGAAGACUUACACAUUUGAUAUGGUCUUUGGGGCUCAAGCAAAACAAAUUGAUGUGUACCGGAAUGUUGUCUGUCCUAUUUUGGAUGAAGUUAUUAUGGGAUACAACUGUACUGUGUUUGCCUAUGGCCAAACUGGAACAGGAAAAACCUUCACAAUGGAAGGGGAAAGAUCUCCUAAUGAAGAAUAUACAUGGGAAGAGGAUCCAUUAGCUGGUAUAAUCCCCCGUACACUGCAUCAAAUAUUUGAAAAACUUUCAGACAAUGGUACAGAAUUUUCUGUUAAAGUCUCCCUGUUGGAAAUCUACAAUGAGGAACUUUUUGAUCUUUUGAAUCCUUCUCCUGAUGUAGGAGAGAGACUACAAAUGUUUGAUGACCCCCGUAACAAGAGGGGUGUGAUUAUCAAAGGAUUGGAAGAAAUAACUGUGCACAACAAGGAUGAAGUGUAUCAUAUUUUGGAAAGAGGAGCAGCAAAAAGAACAACUGCAGCUACUUACAUGAACGCAUACUCUAGUCGUUCACACUCUGUGUUUUCAGUCACCAUACACAUGAAAGAAACUACCAUAGAUGGAGAAGAGCUUGUUAAAAUUGGGAAACUAAACUUGGUUGAUCUUGCAGGCAGUGAAAACAUUGGACGUUCUGGAGCAGUUGAUAAAAGAGCUCGUGAAGCAGGAAAUAUCAAUCAGUCUCUGCUUACUCUGGGAAGAGUCAUUACUGCUCUUGUAGAAAGAGCCCCACAUAUUCCAUACAGGGAAUCUAAACUCACUAGAAUCCUGCAGGAUUCUCUUGGGGGGCGUACAAAAACAUCUAUAAUUGCCACAGUGUCUCCUGCCUCUGUAAAUCUUGAGGAAACUUUGAGCACUUUGGAAUAUGCACAUAGAGCAAAGAAUAUCAUGAAUAAGCCUGAAGUUAACCAGAAACUGACAAAAAGAGCUCUCAUUAAGGAAUAUACAGAGGAGAUUGAACGCCUGAAACGAGAUCUUGCUGCUGCACGAGAGAAAAAUGGAGUUUACAUUUCUGCUGAAAACUAUGAUGCUCUUACUGGAAAAGUGACCGUUCAAGAAGAACAAAUUGCCGAGUAUAUUGAGAAAAUUAGUGCCAUGGAGGAAGAAGUGAAAAGAGUCACUGAGCUGUUUGUGACUAAUAAAGAUGAGCUUGAACAAUGCAAAACAGAUCUGCAGAUCAGGGCAAGAGAACUGGCAGACACUCAGAAAAACUUACAAGAAACGAAGUUUCAUCUUAUGGAGGAGGAAUAUGUGUCUUCAGCUUUGGAGAACACUGAAGAAAAGCUUCAUGGAACUGCUAGCAAGUUGCUUAGUACAGUUGAAGAAACAACAAAAGAUGUAUCUGGUCUCCAUGCAAAACUUGAUCGUAAAAAAGUAGUUGAUCAACACAACGCAAAGGCCCAGCAGAGAUUUGCAGGACAAAUGAAUGCUCUGUUUAGCAAAAUACAAGAUUCUGUUAAUGAGAACAGUCUGAAACAACAACUAAUGCUAGAAUCUUAUAUUAAUUUACUCGGUGACCUUCUGUCUGCCAGCUCUUCAGCCACUAAUGUUAUUGCAUCGGCCGUAUCUUCAUCUUUUGCCUCUGUUGUGGAAAUGCUAUCUGCUGAAACUUCUUGGCUUUCUGAAAAAAUACUAGAACAGGAGACUCUCUCAGUAAAAAAUAAAGCUGAGUUGAAGAAAUUGAUGGAAGAUCAUAAGUUCGGACUAGAAAGCACAUUAAAUAGUCUGAUGCCUGUGGUAGAAUUUGUAUUGGGAAUAAACUGCCAGUUUCAGAAUAACAUUAAGACAUGUUCAGCUCUUGUUGAAAAGAUGGAAGGACAUAAAGAGGAAACAAACACCUUCUUUACAAAACACUGUCUUGCUCUGAAUAAAUUACAGGAAGAUAUAACCUGUGUUCUGGUUCAACUUCAGAAUGACUGUGAGAAUUUAAAGGAGGAAGCAGAGGUGACAAAGCUGGCACUUACAGAGGGCAGCACCCAACUCAUUGCUUCUCUUCAAAGACAACUAAAUUUGUUGGUUCAGGAAACCCAGCAGAAUUUAACUGGUCUAUCUAAAAAAGGAGGAAACUUGAAGACCAAUAUUGCUGUUGUCCAAGAAAACAUCUGUUUGCAAACUACAGACCUUGUCAGUUGUACAACUUCCCACCGCAACAGAUACAUUGCAUCUUUAGAUGACUUCUCACAAGAGAUCAGGCAGGUAAACAGGGAGGACAAAAAGUUGCUGGAGGAGUCCACUGAAUGCUGUGAACAGCUUCGCAGAAGUCUCACCACUGCGUGUCAAGAGACAGAUGGAUGGGUUGAAUCUGCAAAUACUAAGAUUGGCUGCCUUACUGACCAACAGAUAUCCUCCUUCAGCAGUGAGCUGGAGCGACUUCAGUGUUUUCAGAGGAAAACAAAUGAAAGCUGUAAUGCAUCAAUUGCUGAACUCACAGACCAAAUUAACAGACAGACAGCUGCUGAACAAAGCUCACUGAAUAGCCUCCUUGAUCAUAUUGAAGAUGCUAAAGAGAUGUUCCUGGAGCAAAAACUGAUACUCCAUGAGGAAACACAGUGUGGAUUGACUGAGGUUAAUGCUUUCCUGCAGGAGGAACUUAAAGUGGAUAUUCCAACAGGGACAACUCCACAGAGAAAAGACUACUUAUAUCCAGUGACUCUUGUGAGAACAGAACCUCGUGACUUGCUGCUUGAGCAAUUGAGACGGCAGCAACCAGAACUCAUGGCUACAUUAAAUAGUGCUAUCAAGGAGAUAGAAGAGUGUGUGGAUCAGGACUCAUUGGAGGAAGAAGGGAUAGUACAGGAACUUAAUGGAAGUAUCUUCAGUGACAAAUCUUCCCUAGACACAAGUGUGUGCUGUCAAACAAAUGGAGGUGUUCCCUUUUUCCAGCAUAAAAAGAGUGUGAAAAAGGAUAAUAAAGAGAACAAAUCUACAAGCAUUUUGGAGAGAUCCAAGAUGGAUGAUACUACAGAACAGCCUCUUCCCAAGACUAAGCUUCCUUUAAGAGCACUGAACUAAGCUAUUUAAUGCAGACCAUUACAUUUCUAAAACUUACCUCUGAUCUUUCUGCUUAGUCUGUUUUCUCAACCAUUUUUAGGUGCUGUACAUAGUGAUAUAUUGUUGCAAAAAUCAAAUUUUUCCUGGAAGUUGACCUGUCUUUUUGUCUGAAUUGUUUUUAUACACUGUAACUCAAACAUGCCAUUUUCAGACUUUUAAAACUUCAAAUUAUGGAUCUGUAUGUUAAAUAAAGACUUUUAAAAUAUAAA